AUGAUCCGGCACUGCAGCGGCCCGUCGCAGCCUGCGCUAGACAGCUCUAGCCAAUCCCGUAAUGCCAAUCCCGUGAUGCUGCGCCUGCCCGCCGUUCCCUGGCCCGGAGCCUGUUUGUGGUCUCUGUCUCCAAAUUGCAGGCUUUGCGUUGCCAGCGAUCGUGUUUGUGGUUCUGCUUCCUCAGUUGCUUCAGUUUCUGUUGUUCUUGCCUCUUUGGUGCUGCAACAUUGGUCUUGUUGUAUCCCGUCUCUUGGUGCUCCGGCUGCUGGGUCGUCGAAAUUGGGCCCCGAAUCCUAGCCAGGCCUUCAGGCCUCCAGAUCUCCUGUCUGCCUCCUGUUUCCCAAAGCCUUCUUAACCUGAAAGCUCCGGAUUCCAAUUUUUGGAAAAAAAUCUGCAGUGUCUCAAAAUGAAGCCUUUAAAUUCUGUUUCAGCUCCCAAAACUAGUUUCCGCGCGUGAUUCUUACUCGAGUUCAAGUAAGAGAGAGCAAAUUUUCCGGUCAUUUUUUUUUUUU